UCCACAUCGACUUUCUCAACAAGCAGUCACAAGUAAAUAACUACGCAUUUUUGAACUUUGCAAUCGCACGUAAAUCAAAAAUAACUUACGUGGUAAUUACUGUAAGGAGGACGAAGAUUGGUUGCUUUCAACCUCAAAAAUGCCGCCGUCGGGGACCUUCACCGUGACUGUGCAUCCGUUCAAAUCGCCGACGCCGCAUGCCUGUGCUUAUGAAGUUGGUCCGGCUAAUGCACAAAAUGCUCUCGUAUUCAUCGGGGGACUCGGCGACGGACCUCACACAGUACCAUAUCCGCGUGCCAUAGCCAAGAGACUAGAAGCUGAGGCCGAGCUUAGCUAUUCUGUCUUUGAAUUCCGAUUGACUAGCUCAUUCUCAGGCUUUGGUUUUGCCCGCUUGGCUAACGAUGUCGCCGAUAUAUCGGCAUUGGUCAAAUAUCUACGAAGUAUAGGGAAACAACGCGUUGUGUUGAUUGGCCAUUCUACCGGAAGUCAGGAUUGCAUGGAGUAUACGUCACCGUCCCAUGAUGCUGCGCCGGUUGAGGGAUAUAUCCUACAGGCUCCUGUCUCAGAUCGUGGCGCGGUGUCGAUGGAGAUCGGCGUAUCGAAACUGGAUGAAAGUCUCAAAAUUGCGAAAGAGCUCAUUGACUCUGGUCGAGGCUACGAGCGCAUGGUACCUGAGCAUCUUCCACCCUCCUUCCUCACUAUUCCGAUUUCCGCGUGGCGGUGGUACGCCCUUGGCGCAACUGACGGCGAGGAUAACUACUUUGAUCCGAACCUUCCGGAUGACGUAGUGGCGCCCUUCUGGAAACGAGUAAAUAAGCCCAUACUCAUACUUCAUUCGGGCAAUGACGAAUUUGUGCCUGCGUCCGUCGAUAAGGAUGCGUUGGUUCGGCGCUGGAAAGCGCUCUGUCAACCAGGCAUUGCGAGUGAAUUCUCUGGUGCAGUUCCAGGUGCUGGUCAUAGAGCAGAAGAGCCGGAGGCCGAGGAUUUGCUUGUGAACACGGUUGUUAAGUUCCUACACAGCAUCAAAUAGUCAUGAGAAGUAUCCGACAACUAAAAAUCGAAUAAUUCAUUCCGAAGCUAUUGCGAUAAACAUUCGGAAGUAUCCCAUCUCCAACACACCAGGGCAUAGAGCAAACAUCUCAAAUAACUCAAUGACGAUUUAUUCAUUUGCGUGAGUCGGUAUUUUUUUACGGGUUGUGGAAGUACAAAAAAGCCAUAUUCACUACUCCGGGGUGAGGUCGGCGAUCGCACAGA